AAAAAAGUAAAAAUAAUAAUACAACCAAAAAUUUUAGGAAAGCACAUUUUACUGCAAUAAAACGGUGAACAAUAACAUUGAACAGGGAUUUCUCAUUAAAGAACACUUUUCUCUCCCAAAAUUGUCUGGAAAUUCAUCGGUGCUCUUUUUUCAUUCAGAUCUCUUGAUCACUAACCCUUAAUCGGAUUUGGAGUAACUUAUUGAAUUUUAUUGGUGCAAAUUCGCGAAAGCUUGAAACCUUUUCAUGUUAAGAAGGCACCCUGUUGAAAAUGGGACACCAAAAUACUCGGUUCACUGGUCAUAUGAUUGACAUGCAAACCGAACAGCAAGGCCAUCCGAAUCCCGAGCCAUGCAUCUUUUACGGCAAUUCUCCCAGCUUCCCUCAGCCCAAUAUUCAUCCUCACCGAAUGUAUGGAAUGCCACAGCCCAGCCCAAAUCUCGAUUUAGCUAUGGUCACACCUUCUGGCCUUUACAAUAAUAAUAAUAAUAAUCCGUAUUUCGUGCCCCCACAAUCUGGUAAUUUUAUUGCUCAAACCAAUCAUGGGAUUGUUGGUGUGGAUUGUGUCGGGGGCCCGUUUAAGGGAAAGAUUGCAGGGCCCAGCUCGUCUGCUGCUGGCGGCCCGUCUUCUGAAUCUGAGCCAUCAUCUAUGCUGCAAGGGGGUUUUGUCGUGCCACCUGGUGGGUUGCCGUGGGUGGACAUGCAUUUUCGUGCGAACAAUGGGGAUUUUGGGGGGGCAUUUAGAUGGGCCCGCGCUCCCGUACCAUAUGUUAACGCUCUCGAAAUAUCAGCUGGUAACAGAAGUUCGGGUGGUUUUCUGCCUCCACAUUUUGCUCAGGGCCAUCUAAAUCCUCAUCAUCCACCUCCACCAGCGCAAGUGAUGAGAGGAUAUAAUAAUAAUUUUAACCUCCCAUCACAAGUAUCUGUAACUCCUACUCACCGUAUUUCAACAUUUAAUGCUUCUUCGAAUACAAGCACCACUCGUUUUCAGAAUGUUCCAGAUGUUAGGCCUGCAUUCGUAACUCCAUUUCCACCAAUGGGCUUCCACAACAUGUAUCAGCCUCAGCAAAGGGAACUCAUGCUCGACUCAAACGUUAGGCCCCACACUUUUCCCCAGUUGAGGGUUUUGCCAGAAGAUGAAGUUGCCAUAUUAGAGAUGCCUGGUUACCAUGAAGCAGGAGACUCGAUCGAUCACCAUAGAGAUAUGCGUUUGGACAUAGAUCACAUGUCCUAUGAGGAGCUGCUUGCGCUGGGGGAACAGAUUGGGAGUGUCGGCACUGGAUUGCCCAAUGAAUUUGUUCGAAAAAAUCUCAAGACAAGAAGUUUUAUUACCUCGUCAGCAGCUUGCCCAAACUUACGAGAUGAGACUGACCCAGAUGAGCAAAUAAACUUCUGUGUCAUAUGCCAGACCGAGUAUGAGCCUGGAGAAAAAAUCGGGACAGUUGAAUGUGGACAUGAAUACCACAAAGACUGCAUAAACAAAUGGCUGCUCAUCAAGAAUACUUGUCCAAUCUGCAAGUCCACGGCACUUGGCCGAAAGUCCAAGGCUUCGUAGAUCAUGGGAAUUAUUAUUAUUAUCUAUGGGUGACCAUCUUAAACAAAAAAGAAAAACUUAGAUAUUUGGUCCUCCUAUCCAAUUAGUUUAUAAUCCACAAGAGAAAAAAUGCUUUUUCUUGGGUGUAUUAUAUUUAUGUGUAUAUAUUUGGCAGAGAUAUGACUGGCACCUGUUAUGUUUUUUUUGUUGGGCUCUCUGUCUGGUCUGUCUCUGGAACUGUACAGACUUAGUUCCAAUUUGUUUUUGUUAUGAAUGAACUUUUGUAGAUUGAAACUGUACAGACUUAUCCAUUUUGGGGCUGUCUUUGUUAAAGAAUUGAGGUAUGAGCAGCUUCUAGUUUGUUGCAC